GCAGGGAAUUACACACAAAAACAGCAGAACCAGAACACCCUCCCCUGGACACACCCUGCUGAGGAUCACUGCUUCUCUUUUUUUCUGAACCAUCGCCCACGCCACACGGAGAGAACGCUCUCCCUCAUCAUCAUCCAGUAGAAAACCCCUUUCUCCUCAUUUUCAUCCUAUAGAGGACACCUACAAUCUCAGAGGGCUGAGAUCCCCUGGCGAAGAUUGUAUUUUUUUCCUUUUUUUCUUUUUUUUUUCUUUUAAUUUGGACUCCUGACAGAACAUAAGGGCCAUAUAACAUAAAGGCCGAAGAGCACAUAGAGACUCAGCCUUCAGCUUCAAGACCAGUGCAAAGAAGGACCUAGAUUUCUUUCAUUGUACGUCAAGAAUGGUUACUAUAAUCAGCACCAUGGAAACCCAGGUGUCCAACGGUCCAAGCGGAACCAGUCUGCCAAACGGUCCAGUCAUCAGUACCAACGGCUCCACGGACGACAGCAAAACCAACCUGAUCGUUAACUAUCUGCCUCAGAACAUGACCCAGGAAGAAUUCAAAAGUUUGUUUGGUAGCAUCGGAGAGAUUGAGUCCUGCAAGCUAGUCAGAGACAAGAUAACAGGUCAGAGUUUGGGAUAUGGCUUCGUAAACUAUGUGGAUCCAAAUGAUGCAGACAAGGCCAUCAACACGCUCAAUGGUCUCAAACUACAGACUAAAACAAUCAAGGUAUCAUAUGCCCGGCCAAGCUCGGCUUCUAUUCGUGAUGCCAACCUUUAUGUGAGUGGACUCCCCAAGACCAUGAGCCAGAAAGACAUGGAACAGCUGUUCUCCCAAUAUGGUCGCAUCAUCACAUCCCGCAUCUUAGUGGACCAAGUUACAGCAGGCAUAUCACGAGGAGUGGGCUUCAUCCGGUUUGACAAGCGAAAUGAAGCAGAGGAGGCCAUCAAAGGUCUGAACGGACAGAAGCCUUUGGGUGCCGCUGAGCCCAUCACUGUCAAGUUCGCCAACAACCCCAGCCAGAAGACAGGCCAGGCCUUACUGACUCAGCUCUACCAGACUGCUGCCCGCCGCUACACGGGGCCCCUGCACCACCAGACUCAGCGUUUCAGCGUGAUCCCUUCACUUGGAAAGGGACCUGAUCCAAAUAACAGCUCAAAACCAAUACUCGACAAUUUACUAAACGCCAGCUACGGAGUCAAGAGCUCUCCUACUCUCUUCCCCAGAUUCUCGCCCAUCACCAUUGACAGCAUGACCAGCCUUGCCGGGGUCAACCUUACUGGUCCAACUGGAGCCGGCUGGUGCAUCUUUGUGUACAACCUGUCCCCUGAGGCGGACGAGAGCGUCCUGUGGCAGCUCUUUGGGCCGUUCGGCGCCGUCACCAAUGUCAAGGUCAUCCGUGACUUCACCACCAACAAAUGUAAGGGCUUUGGCUUUGUCACCAUGACCAAUUACGAUGAAGCCGCCAUGGCCAUCGCUAGCCUUAAUGGCUACCGCCUGGGUGACCGCGUGCUGCAGGUUUCCUUCAAGACCAGCAAGCAGCACAAGGCCUGAGAGAGAGGCUGCUGGCACCAGCUCCUUCGACCUGCAGGGAGAGCAACCUGAGCUCCCUGUGCCAUCACUCUACAUGGGCCUGGACUGAGUCUCUCUCUGACACAUUCUCACACAAAUUCAUAAUAUAUUAUUACAAACACAGACAUGCAGAUAAACACAUACACGCACACACGUAAGCAAACAUAACCAUACUCAAGCAUACACAUGUCAGAGUUUCAAACAAACACACUAGUGGAGUUUUUCUUUUCUCUUUACACAACAUGCUAGUCCUUCCCUAUAUUUGCCUGGAUUGAAUUAGAAGGGGUACGUAGCUGGUUUGUUGGGUAGGGGCAAGAGCUAUCUAUUUAGGAGACAGUCUAACGAAUGUGACAGAGAAUGUGUACUGAGUGCUUUGAUUGAAUUCAGGCAAAUAAUGACAACUGAUGAACAAAACGAUCAAAAAUUUAAAUGAACGAAUAUGUGCAAUUUACCCAAACUCUUACCCCACCAUCUCUCCCACUAUCUUGCUGGAGAGGAUGUAGUCACUUUUUUACACUUGGGCAUUUUGAAUCAGCGAUUUUUUUAGAUCAAAGAAAAUGAAAUUAAAAACAGUGUUCUCUUAUAUACGUCUAUUAAAAUAUAACUAUAUAUUCAAUAUUUAAGGUGGUUAUAAUAGCCGAGUAUGUAAGCAUUUUCUAGAAACUUUGACUACUGUUUCCUGACCUGCAUUAGGUGGUGCCUAGCGUAAAGGCAGUUACUCUACCCUAUGUGAGCUCGUUAGCUCAGACCCAAUAUGAUUUAGGUUAACUAAUGAAUAUGAAUACUGGUCACAGAAAAGAGUAGUCCGAAGGCCAUCACUCUUUCCCUCACAGUCUCACACCAAACAACACAAUCGUCACUUAUGUAUCACAGAAACACAGUUCAGUAAGUAGAAGAUAUACACAUAUUUAGUCCACAAAAACAAAAAAAAAGUUUCCUGUAUUCUUUCUAAUCUAUCCUCAAGAUGGAUUCAACACAAGCAGACUGUCUGUGAACUUAGAGCAGAGUGGCAGUACUCACAUGGUGACAGUGUUCAUUAGUAAUUCUCUUGUGGGCAUGAGAGCGACGAGUGUGGGGGGAAAACCGUUUCACCACAACACAGCCACGUCAAAAGGAAAAUACCGGUGUUUUUUCACUUUUUGCAUCAUUUUUUUUGUAUUGCACCUGUAUUUUACAUUAUCCACAGGCCAUUUUACUUUGCAUGGCUUUUGUCGGCCAUGAUUUGGUGUGAGAUCCCUUUAACUGACCUUGGUGUCAAGAGACCAAGAGAAAAUGCAAACAAGAUGUGAAAGACAACCAAAUUAUAUUGUUCUAGCUGAUGAGCUUUGAUUCUGAAUGUUACUGUGCUUGAGUGAGGUUAUUCUGUCAGGUUUGUGUAGAUAAAUAGAAGCAGGAACGUUUGAUCGUAUCAAUAUGUUUGUGAUCCAAGUAGCUGCAAAAAGUAACUCUGAAAAAAUGCCAAACAACACAACCAUGGACUGAACAAUGGUCUAGGCGGGUCUGCAGAGAUAUAACACAGAUGAGCAAAAACUCAAGAGCACCGGUAUUAUUCUUCAGUCUAGUGCACAGAUAGAAGCUCCCUGAGUAAAUGAGGUCAAAGUUUUGCAUAUCAGCGGAAUACAUGGGCUCUACAGUAACAACAUGCAUAGAGCAGAUUAAGAGGACUGCAGUUCCUGAAGGCUGAACAUUUAAAGCUGACUUAGAGUCAGGUAUGUGAGCAAUGAUAUCUGGCAAUGUUAAAAUUAUCAUUGAUCCUUUGAGGAGAAAGGUUACCAGUUCCUCCAGCUUUUAUAAAUGCUCUUCAAUUUUAUUUAAAACCCCUCUGUUCUCUUAAGAGCUUCCCAGAAACUUUGAACUCCUGCCCUAUCAAAAGAUGACUGUACAACAUCAAGCCUGCAAAUAAGUGUCAUAAUUAUACUUCUGUUUACAACAGAAAGGUAUUUAUUUAUUUGCUUCAGAUCUGUUUGGCACUAUCACGAAAAUAGCAUUUCUCAAAAUAUCCCCAACCCAAUUGCAUGAAAAUUAUUUAUGGCACCCUGAUGAAACAUUAAGGCCAACCUGUCUCGUUGAAAUGUCUGUUACAGACCAGACUUGAGAUUUACCAUGGGGAGAGCUAAUGUCUUUCAAUAUCAAGACAUCUGCACAUGAUAAUAGAUUGAAUAAGGUCAACUAUAUUCAAGACAUUUUGCUUUUGCUUUUCUAAAUGACGCUGUGUUAGCCAAAGAGGACGAUCUCUUUGAAAGGAUUACAUUAGAGAUAAAUCUAUUUUUAUACAUACAAAAGAACAAGACCUUGUGCUGAAUUUUUACAGAUUCUUAAGCUUGGAAAAAUUGGGACAUCGCAUGGCUUUAUUUUAAACCCUCUGAUCUUUGCAGAGCAAGGGGGAACAAGCAUGCGGUGUAUGGGUGGGGAUUUAGGGAGGGGGCGAAGGAACAUUGUAUCUCACACAAACCUAACCAUUCAACCACAUCAAAACGACGAACUUAACAAAAACAAAUUUGAUGUAAAAAAAAAAUUAAAAAAAAAAGGUAAAAUCAAACAGUUGGGGGUGUUACCUCACAGACACAUCUAUACCUUUGAGUGCUUAGACACACUCACAUCUCUUGUCCUGAAGUUGUGUACAGUGUUGCUUCAAUGAUGGUGCAGUGAAGUGAAGUUAAGUUCUUUGACUUGAGAAUCCCAGACAAAGCCGCAGUGAGACCAGCUCAUUGCCAAGCUGAAAAACUGAAUAGCUGCUUGCAAAUAAAAAUGUAAAACGCAGACUCAAACAGUUUCACCAAUUAAUAAUGGACAUUGAGCAUGAUUCUUUAUGAUUAUAUGGAUUUGAUUUUUGCCAAAGAAUUGCUUUGCAAGUCAGUACCAAGAAGGAUAAUUAAGACUAACUAUAUUAUUCCCUGAGUAAUUGCUGUACAAAUCUAUGUUAUUUAUUGAAUAAGGACCCUCUACAAUUUCAGUUGUCAUUACUUUUAAAUAUCUAAGUUGCGCAUAUCAGUUUGCAUUUGUAAAUCCUAAAACCACUAAACCAAAUGCUAACAUGAAACAGUUGCAAGCAUUCCCAUUUGCACACAUUCCAUGCAGACACCGAAUGAUGAAAAAAGGCAUAUCAAAAAUAAAUUAUGAUGAAUGAAUUCACCUCUUGACAAAGGAAAAAUCGUUUGCAUCCAUAUAAUGUAUUUCCCUCGGCAUUUAUAUCAUCUGCUUCGUCUUGUGACCAAUUCAAACCUUCAAAACCAUUAACAUUGCACCGCUUCAAAUACUUACUCUGGCAUCUUUUAAUCAGACUCAUACUGUUUCAUCCCCUGAAAUACUCUGAAUGAUUGUCGCUGGUAUGCCCAGAGCUGACCACAUAAAGGACUAAUCUAGCUAUUUUGGGUCGAGCAAUUUGCAAGAGAUAGCAGAGUAUAGGACUGAGCACUUGAUGAGACCAGUGAUAGACGUUAGGAACAACCAAGAUAACAGGCCAUGUUGAACUGCAGCUGGAGUCGUUUACCCAGCCAUGUCCGAUGUAGUACAGUCAACCCACAAACCAAACACCCACAGCCCAAAACAACAACCUUUCAUACACAGUCUAUACAAAGACCUACACCUAAUGUAGAGCGAAGGACCAUGGCAGGAAACAGUACUACACUGCUUGAGCAACAACAAUAAUCAUUUAAAAAGACAAAAAAACUUUCCUAUGGAACAGUAAGUGCAAUGUGCUUUGUUUUUAUAUUGACUGAGAACAAAUGAUAUAUAUUUUUUAAAAAAGAAAUUAAACGUCACACUGAAAAGGUUUGCGGAAUAGUGAAAGGAGCAAAAGUUCAGACAAAAACAUAAAAAAUGAACAGACUCAUUAAUAAAAAAAAUGAGAGCUCUGAUCUAGAAAUUUCCAUUAUCACUUCCUCAGCCCCUAAUUUGUGCUCUGACCAUGCAAGCUCAAACAAACUGCAUAUCUGGCUGACUUAAUAGAGCAAUUCUCAAUGACCUUGAAAGGAAUACUGUCUAAUAUAUCAUCAGUUUUAGCCCAUGUCAAUUUCAAAUAUCAUUUUUUUCCUGUAAUUUAUUGAUUUCAUUUACAUAUCAAGACUCACUUGUUAAAUUAGCGUAUUUGUGUUGUUGAUGUUGCCAUAGAGAACACACAUGGGUCAAAGAUUAUGUUUGGUUGCAUUGAUUGGGUACAGUUUGUUAUUUUUCUUCCAUUAUUUAAUUAGUUGCAGUUUUUACAGUGUAUGCAGAUUUUAGACUUAGUUAGAUUUUUUUAUUUCAAUCAAACUGUGUUCAAUUGUGUUUGUAAAAGUCUGUGGUAGCUUUUGUUGCAACAUAAAAUAAUUUAAACAGAAAAAAUUCAAAAUAGCGCCAACAAACUUGUAUUAUUUGGGCGACUUUAAGCUUGUAGUUUUAACUUAUUGUUAACUUAAAAACUAUUUAUUAUGAUUAUUAUUAUUGCCUCGUAUAAAGUAUGUUUUGUGUAUAUUUAUGGUUUAUUUCAUUAUAUUUGCAAGUUUAAAAGAUUUUAAGUUUGCCAAAAUUGUGGUUACACCAUUUCGUUUCUUAAAAGGGGGACAAAUAGAAAAACAGUUUUUAGAAGUACGAUUUGGAAACGUUCUCCAUAGUCAAAGAAUGCACUGCUAUAUUUAACUAAUUGAAGUGUAUAAACAUACAUGCUGUGUGCUAGAUGUUAUGCCUUUACUGCCUGUGUUCUGUUUGUCUUGUUAAAUGAAAAUCUUUUAAUUAUUUAAUCUAAUCACAGUCUUGUUUUUCAACCACUCUGUGAACCCCUGAGACAUGGGACAGCUCCUGUAGUGAGGCUUUGGUCCACUUGAGGGUCCAACAUUUAGCCAGUAACAGAGACGUCCUGGGUUUGAUAUGCUCUCAAGAUGCUUUCCUGUUUAUGCUAAUGGGUUGAUUUAUAUAUAUAUAUAUAAAAAAAGGAUAUUAAGGGUUCUGUUUCUGUAAAAGCAUUGUAAUACUGAGAUCAUCUGUAUCAAUACCAAUAUCAAUAUCAAUUUGUGCUACUGAAACAAUGUUCUUUGGAAACCCAGCCAAGAGUUCUGGCAAAAUAUUAGAGCUCAGACAAGCUGCAGGAAGGUUUUCUUGGGAGUCUCUAGGGUAGUAAAGGGGUGAGUGGUCCUUCUGUUUCUCAACCAACUGUAUUUUGUGUCUAUUUAUUUAGAAGAGGGGACGCAGUAACUUAGUGAUGUUUUUCUUACAUUUUCCUGGAAUGGUAGAACAAAUCAAAGGUGAAAAUGAUCAAAACAGUUCUGCUGACACCAAUAUCAGUGGAAGAAAUACAAAAUCUCAUACUUCCAAACAUGACCAAAUGAACAAUGUCAAAAUUAAACAAAGAAAAAAAAAACCUUUCAGUUUAGUCUAGGAUAUUUAUUACUGGGAUUUCAGCUGAAGACGCUUGAAGACUUUUUCAUGGAAUUGUUUAAUUAUUUGUACUUUACAUGCCAGAAAAAAAUAAA